AAUGAGCGCCGGCGGGCUGGUUGCCUGGGCGACCGGCGCGCGGCCCCGCCCCCCGCACGGAGGCACCUGAGUGCGGCUGAGAGCGGCUGGAGUGGGAACCCGGGUCCCUGCGCGCCGGGAACGCGCGAUGGCCACGUGCAACCUCCGGCGGAGGCCGGGCCGCAUACUCGGACUCCUGCUGCUUCUCAUCUUGGGUUUCCUGGUGUUCCGCAGGUUGAACUGGAGUUCUCUGAUCCCACCAUGGCUCCAACAGCGGCAGCUGGGGCUGCAGGCAAAAGGCCAGAACUUUAUACUGGAGGAUGCCCCUUUCUGGAUCUUCGGGGGCUCCAUCCACUAUUUCCGGGUGCCCAAGGAAUACUGGAGGGACCGCCUUCUGAAGAUGAAAGCCUGCGGCUUGAACACCCUCACCACCUACGUUCCCUGGAACCUGCACGAGCCCCAGAGAGGCAAAUUCGACUUCUCUGGGAACCUGGACCUGGAGGCCUUUGUCCUGUUGGCUGCAGAGAUCGGGCUGUGGGUGAUUCUGCGUCCAGGCCCCUACAUCUGCAGUGAGAUUGACCUUGGGGGCUUGCCCAGCUGGCUACUUCAAGACCCUGGCAUGAGGCUGAGAACGACCUACAAGGGCUUCACCGAAGCAGUGGACCUCUAUUUUGAUCACCUGAUGUCCAGGGUGGUGCCGCUCCAGUACAAGCACGGGGGACCCAUCAUUGCUGUGCAAGUGGAGAAUGAAUAUGGUUCCUAUUACAAAGACCCCGCGUACAUGCCUUACGUCAAGAAGGCCUUGGAGGACCGUGGCAUCGUGGAGCUGCUCUUCACCUCAGACAACAAGGACGGCCUGCGCAAGGGAAUCAUCCAUGGAGUGCUGGCCACUAUCAACUUACAGUCACCCCAGGAGCUGCAGUUGCUGACCACCCUGCUAGUGAGCAUCCAGGGGGUUCAGCCCAAGAUGGUGACUGAGUACUGGACCGGGUGGUUUGACUCGUGGGGAGGCCCUCACAAUAUCCUGGAUUCUUCUGAGGUUUUAAAGACCGUAUCUGCCAUCGUGGACACCGGCUCCUCCAUCAACCUCUACAUGUUCCAUGGAGGCACCAAUUUUGGCUUCAUAAAUGGAGCCAUGCACUUCCAGGACUACAGGUCCGACAUCACCAGCUACGACUACGAUGCCGUGCUGACAGAGGCUGGAGAUUACACGCCCAAGUACAUCAAGCUUCGGGACUUCUUUGAUUCCCUCUCAGCAGACGGCCCCCUCCCUCCCCCGCCUGACCCUCUUCCCAAGACUGUGUAUGAACCGAUGGUGCCAGUUUUCUACUUGUCCCUGUGGGAUGCUCUGAAGUACAUAGGGGAGCCAAUCAAGUCUGAAAAGCCCAUCAACAUGGAGAACCUGCCGGUCAACGAGGGGAACGGCCAGUCCUUCGGCUACGUUCUGUACGAGACCACCAUCACCUCGUCUGGCGUUCUCAGCGGUCAUGCGCGUGACCGGGGGCAGGUAUUUGUGAACACAGUAUCCAUAGGAUUCUUGGACUAUAAAAACACAAAGAUUGUCAUCCCCCUGGUCCAGGGUCACACCGUGCUGAGGAUCUUGGUGGAGAAUUGUGGGCGAGUCAACUAUGGAUAUAACAUUGAUGAGCAGCGCAAAGGCUUAAUUGGAAAUCUCUAUCUGGAUGAUUCUCCCCUGAAAAACUUCAGAAUCUACAGCCUGGAUAUGAAAAAGAGCGUCUUUCAGAGGUUUGGAUGGAAUUCUGUCCCAGAAGCGCCUGCACUUCCCGCUUUCUUCCUGGGCGGCUUGUCAGUCGGCCCCUCGCCUGCCGACACCUUCCUGAAGCUGGAGGGCUGGGAGAAGGGGGUCGUAUUCAUCAAUGGCCAAAACCUUGGACGCUAUUGGAGCAUCGGACCCCAGAAGACCCUGUAUCUCCCAGGACCCUGGCUGGACAGAGGAAUCAACCAGGUCAUCAUUUUCGAGGAGACGAUGGCAGGCUCCAUGAUCCAAUCUACCGAAACCCCCCACCUAGGCAGGAACCAGUACGUUAAGUGAGCGGCGCCGCCCAGUACCUCCUGCACCUCGUGCCUGGGGACCCGGAGAGUGCCACCUGCGCUGGUGGCCUCAGCCCCGGUAGGCUGCCCCCUUGCACACUACCCUACAGGAGCAGCUCCUUAAGUAGCAACCUCAGGGACCAAGGGGCUCCUGUCUGCCCCGCCUCAGUUCAAAACCCUACACCUGAGGAGAAACGUGGGGUGGCACAGAGGGCCCCCCUCAUACCUAGAUGGUUUCUUAGCCUGGCUUUGUUGAUGGUACUUCUCCUACUUCCCUGCUCCUCUGGGAGGAGGAUGUGUCCAUGGGGGUGGGCGCGUUUAAUCAGAUCAUCAAGUGCUCCCUACCUGGGCUCCUCAGAAAAGGGGCUGAAACUGGCCGGGUAUCUCCCCCUGCACCACUCACCGCAGCCCUGCCCGGCACUCAGGUGAGCUCUCUGACUGCACUUGGCAGGCCUGGCCUCUUGGUGUUCCUGAAAUCCUGAGUUUGUCACUGUUGGUAGAGGUAGGCAAGAGGGGUGCCUCACCUGAGCUGACUUUGUUCUUUCUUCACAACCUUCCCUGAGCCGCCUUGGGGACUCUGAGAGACGCCAUUUGAGAAACCCGUGGUUUCCUUUCUGUUCCUACUCCUGCUGCAUCUGACAGCAUGACAAGCUGAGCUCGAGGAACAGAAAUACUCAGCUGCCGCUUUUCCUGAAUUAGGGAGUAUUUCCAGUUUUACUCAAUGAAGACAGGCAUCAGUGCAGGAGUAAAGGUGGAUCCCAGCAGAGUAUCUGGGGAGGGAGGGGACAGAGGCCCACCUCAGUGCAGUGGGGCAGGUGGCCCCAGGAAUGCCGGGGUGGCCACAGGAGCACAGGCCUUGCCUCCAGCUUAUCCUCCCACUCUCUGCACCCCCAUAGCCAUGCCGCAGGGAGGAGAGGCAGCCCUCCUUUAGAGCUGUUUUCAUGCCCAAAUUUGAAACUGUCCUUCUGGAGAUCAAGUGUAAUGUUUGCCUCCUCCCACUGUCCUGACUCGAAAU